CUUUCUAUUUACUUCAGGGGGUCAUUUUUCCGGUGACUACAGAUAUUUCUAUUUGGUUAUAAAUACUCGACGGUUAACUUUAUUCAAGUAGCCUACUGAAACGUGGCACUCAAUUAUUUCAGAUACUCGUCGAUCGUUUGAUCCGUACGGUGUAAAGGUGAAGUCAUGUCAGGAUUACUGACCGCCAUAAAGAGCAUGGACAAAGAAGCAGCCCAGGUGCUGCAAAAGGCAGAUUUUUCCACCGACUCGGACAUCAAGACUCUGACUCGACAAGACCUGCAUGAGCUGUUUCCUGGAGCAGAUAAACUCAAACUUAGAAGGAAGCUCUUUGAUAAAAUACACAAAGAGCCACAUCAUGCCCUCAGAAGAGAAAUGGAGGAAUUCAUUCCAGAAUCCUUGUUGGCUGGCCUCAAAAACAUUGAAGUGUUGGAUGAUUACCUCAAAAUCAUGAAGGAACUUAAGACCAAUACAAAUAAGUUACAUGUUUGUCUUGAUACUCAAAUCAAGCUUAUAGAAGAGCUCAGAGAAGACGCACCUCAAAGGGACUCUGGUAAAGGUCCUGAAGCCGGAGCAAGCAAUGUCCCCUACAAAGGCCAAAGUGAUGGUCGUCUGCGAAGCCCACAUAGUGGAGCGAAUGCUGCUGCUCCAAUGGUGCCAGCUUAUGGGUCAAACAGUUGCAAGUCAGAGGGACAGAUAGAAGAAGAAUACGAAGUGAUUUCUAAUGAGGAGGUCCAGGAUUGUACUGGGAAGUACAAGAUGGUUGUCAGUGGCACAACCUUUGGUGCGCAUCAAAAGUUCUUGGACAAAGUGAAGGCUAAGGUUGAGCUCACUGAAAGCAGUGACAAUCAUAAAAUCACUAUUCUGUUCUGCGUUGUCAGUUCCCGUGUGGGCUCUGAUGUGGAGGCCGCCAUGGCUGAAGUGAAAGGUGAAAAAAAAGUAAUUCUGGUGUUGAUGCAUCACUUACGUGAGCCAACGGUCAUGACUUCUGCGAGAACAUGGGCUCAUGGUGGUAAAUAUGAUAACAUCGUGUUCCAUGACAACGUCUUCUACCACGAGACAGUGCAGGGAUUGCUAGAGUGUCGAGAAAAUGAUGAAGCUGUCUCUAGGAUUCAACAGAAGUUACUGGAGUUCUGCCCCACAAUAAUGAAAUAUACCAGCAGACAAAGUAACCAGGCCCAGGAUUGUACUGGGAAGUACAAGAUGGUUGUCAGUGGCACAACCUUUGGUGCGCAUCAAAAGUUCUUGGACAAAGUGAAGGCUAAGGUUGAGCUCACUGAAAGCAGUGACUAUCAUAAAAUCACUAUUCUGUUCUGCGUUGUCAUUUCCCGUGUGGGCUCUGAUGUGGAGGCCGCCAUGGCUGAAGUGAAAGGUGAAAAAAAAGUAAUCCUGGUGUUGAUGCAUCACUUACGUGAGCCAACGGUCAUGACUUCUGCGAGAACAUGGGCUCAUGGUGGUAAAUAUGAUAACAUCGUGUUCCAUGUCAACGUCUUCUACCACGAGACAGUGCAGGGAUUACUAGAGUGUCGAGAAAAUGAUGAAGCUGUCUCUAGGAUUCAACAGAAGUUACUGGAGUUCUGCCCCAGAAAGAGGGGAUAUAACAGCAGACAAAGUAACCAGGCUAGGGAUGCUGAAGGGGGAAAGGUUGGUGGGAAGUCUGGGAAAGAUGACAAGGGCAAGGACUCUGACAGAAAGAGUAGCAGUUUAUUUUCCAGCAUUUUUUCAAGAUGAAGUCACAAUCAGUAAUGGAUUGCACGCUCAGCAAAAAUAAAAGCAACAUGGAUUGAUUUAGACUAAAUACUUUAGGAUCAUUUCUUGAACUGAUUGCUAAGAUUAGAUCAGUGUUCAAUGAUGUCAAGUUCACUGUUAAUUAUGUACAGAAACUGCUAAUUAAAAAAGUUGUCAUAUUUCCUGGUAUUUACUUUUUCUUUAUUAUUUGGUGCAGCCAGUCAACAACUAUUUAAAAACUGAUUGGAAAGUUCUUGUAAGUUUGUUGAAAAAUGUAAUUACAGCAUGUGGAGUGGGUUGACUUUAAUAUCUGUCAAUCAGUCUUGAAUGAAAAGUAUAUUAUUCUCCAGUUUCUACCAACACAUCUAGUCUAUAUAAUGUUGAGUCAAUGGAUGACAAAUGCUGGGCAAUAGAUUUGUGCUUGACAAUAAGUAAAGCCAACAGGAAAACUUGAAGGUUCUUUUUUUUUUUUUGUCCAUAUCUUGUGUAUUGUAUAAGUUAAGACUUUAGUGUACAGUAGAUUGUAAAGAGCGGGAAAGCCAUGAAGCUCAAUAGCUAACAAAAUUAUUAAUUUUGCUUACUUAUUUUUGCGUUAAAAUAAACAAUUAAUGCAAAUAAAGAUCUGAAAAGUUAAUGAUUGCUUAAAGCAUGAAUGUAUUUUUUCUUGCCUCACCUUACUCAAUCAUGUCACAGUAAUGUAAUUGUGAUGAUUGAUUUCCUUUCAAUAAACUCAGUUUGUGUGAAA